AUGCAAGAUGCGGAUGACAAGGGGGUGGAUGACAUUCCCAAUACCUCAGCGUCGUUGCCUCAACCAACUGCCUUUUCGCAACCUCGGCCGACAGCGGUCCGAACGCGUACUCAGGAUGUGGUUUCGGAUGCAGCAUCCUUCCGAGAGCUCAUGGUGUCAGAGGCCCUGGUCCGUAGCCUCUUCGCUGCGGGCUUCGAGCGGCCAUCGCCUGUGCAGAAGGCCGCGAUCCCUCUCGGCCGCGUCGGCACGGAUCUCAUCGUUCAGGCCAAGUCAGGAACCGGAAAGACAGUUGUAUUUGCCGUCAUCUGCUUGGAGCGUGUUAAGCCGGAGCUGAAUAGUGUGCAGGCACUCAUUCUGGCGCCCACUCGCGAGAUCGCCAUCCAGAGCGAAGAAGUCAUCCGCACCCUGGCUUCGGAGCUACCGCACCCGGCGUUGACGUCCGCGGUGUUCGUGGGCGGCCUGCCCAUGGUGGACGACGAGAAGAAGCUGCGCAGGUUGUGUCACGUAGCUGUGGGCACUCCGGGCCGCGUGGGGGCGCUGCUGCAGGCCGAGCGGCUGGUGACGAAGUCUCUGGCGCUGCUGGUUCUGGACGAGGCGGACAGCCUACUGGGGGACAGCUUUUACGAGGAUGUGACCUGGAUAUAUGACCAGCUGCCAAAGCGAAAGCAGGUGCUGGCCUUCUCUGCCACGUAUACUUCUGAGCUGCUGGCGGACCUAGAGCCCCUCAUGCGGCGACCACAGCGAGUCAUGAUGUGCUCCGAAACCGUCAGCCUGCUAGGCGUAAAGCAGUUUUAUGCGCUGGUAGCUGCCGACCCCGCGGCUGCCUCGGCUGUGGCUGCCGCGCCGGUAGUGUUCCGGCGCAAGGUGCAGCAGCUGCUGCGGCUGCUGGCCGGCGUGUCAUUCCACCAGGCCGCCGUGUUCUGUAACCACAAGCCCCGCGCGGAGUGGCUGGCGGAGCAGCUCAAUGCCGCGGGGUAUCCGGCCGCCUACCUGUCGGGGGACCGAGCGCAGAGCGAGCGCAUGGAGGCAAUGGCGGCGGUGCGCGGUUUCAAACUGAGGGUGCGUGAGUGCGCGGGCGCGGCGGCAGAGCUUACCCACAAGGGGGCCAGCGACUUAAAGUUUACAGCGCAUAUUAUCCGCCUGUAG